ACCUUGCUGAAUCCAUGAAUUAAUCACACAUCUCAUCAUGAGCACAGAGGAGCAUGAGAAGCGUGAGCACCCACAAACACAGAAGAGACUUCGGCAGAAACGAAACCCAAUUGAAGUCGCCAUCAAUAAAUGGUAUGAAAAGCAUGCGGUCCGCCUAAACAAUCAGCACAAUGUCAAUGAUCUCACCACACAAGCGCCGAGGCGAUGGACAGCGUAUGGACCACUCGUGCUACUUCCCGCAGGCUCUUUCACGUCAGCAGCAUGGUGCGACGCCCUAAUCUUGCCCAUGAGUGAGGAUGACGUGGAUUUACGGGACCCUAAGUUGCUGUGGAAGAUGAUACUAGAGGAGAUAUCACAGUCUCCCAAAGCCAAGCUCACGCAUCUAGCUAUCAACGAGGGCAUACCUUUGCAUUCAAGAGGUAGCAAUGAAGGAACAAGAGAAGAAACGACAGCGCAUGCCAGCGAGAACAUACUGCGUAGCCCAGGCGGUCUUCGAAUGCUUUAUGGAGAUUUCGGGCCAUCUACAUUAUCAACAUCUACUAGCAACUUAAGCGAAGAUCCUCUCCAGCCGGUAAAUGUAACAGAAGAAGACUUCUCGCGCGCCUUCUGGGUCUCUACGAAGCAGAAUGGUAUCACGCAAAUCUGGGCGCCUAGAUGGACUAUGUUCAGCCGGGGCAAUAUCAAAGAGAAAGCGCGGCUGCUUGACUUCCACGAUGCCAAGAGCUCAACAACAAGUACUCGAAAUCAGCAAGACUACGAUUUGACGCAUCGGCAUAUCCCCGCGAAGCAGCGAAGAGGAGCGCUGGCAGUCGAUUUAUAUGCCGGGAUAGGGUACUUCGCCUUCUGCUAUGCGACACUGGGCUUCCGCGUUCUAUGCUGGGAACUGAAUCCGUGGAGCGUAGAGGGGCUGAGACGGGGCGCGGAAGCAAACGGAUGGAGUGUGAGGGUUGUUCACCCUCCGCCUAAAACAAGUGGUACUGUAGAAGAAGAGGAGAAAAUCCUUAGAGAUAUACUAGCUGGCGAUGAGAUCAUCGUGGUAUUUCUCGAGGACAACACUCGUGCAGCGGACAGGAUCAGGAGAUUAGAUGAGCUCACGAGAGAGCGCGAGACACAGCAAAGAGAUCAUGACGAGGAUGAAAACGGAACAAGGACGGAACUACGAAUGAACAAGAUCAUGCAUGUCAAUUGUGGACUGCUGCCCACUAGUCGGGGCUCCUGGGCGACUGCGUGGGAUAUAACUAGCGAGGCUCAACGGGCUUGGUUCCACAUUCAUGAGAAUGUGGGCGUGUCAGAUAUCGAGACGAUGAGAAAAGAGAUCUGUGAAUGGUUUGUGGCACGGGAACGAUUACUGGAGAGAGAUGGCGAUGCCGAUGCCCAUCGUGACGUCUGCGCAGAGCAUAUUGAGCUGGUCAAGACGUUUGCGCCGGGGGUUUGGCACUGUGUGUUUGAUCUGUACGUUAAGAAGUCUACAGAUAGAAACGAUAGCACAACAUGAGACUAUUUCUUGGCGAAAGUUCGAAGCUCGAUUUGGAGCGCCAACAUGCCAGCUUCAAAUUCCCCAUUCCAUUAGCUCUUUGUUUGACAUGGACCAUCGUUCACGCAACCCUAUGCCAUUUCCAAA